AUGAAAUCUGGCAUCCUUUUAGACCUUGCACGAGCUGGCACUGAAUUCCUGGUGUGCGUGGUGUCCGCCGCACCUCACGGAUACGGUGCCGGAGGCGACGGCGGGCUGGGGGUCGAUCUCGGCGGCACUGGAGGCCACGGCGGCAGCGGCGUUGGAGGGGGCAGUGUGCUUCCUGGCAUCUUAGUCGGCAGCGGGAUCCUUCCUGAAAGUGCCAUUGGUGGUGUAGGAGGCGUUGAUGGAGGUGUUAUCGGUGGGGAAUACAGCGCACCGGAUGCUGGUGCCGUUGGAGGCUUCGACGCCGGUGUAGCUGGGGGCUUCGAUACUGGGGUAGCUGGAGGCUUCGAUGCUGGCGUUGCUGGAGGUUUCGACGCCGGUGUAGCUGGAGGCUUCGAUACUGGCGUAGCUGGAGGCUUCGAUGCUGGAGUUGGUGGAGGCUUCGACGCCGGUGUAGCUGGAAGCUUCGAUGCUGGUGUUGCUGAAUCUCCCAUGUCAGCCCCCCUGUCAGCGUAUACGAUGCACCACACUAAUUCAGUGAAUUUGGAGAAUAAAGCUUUAUAUAAACGCAUACACGAUAUAAUUCAUUUCUCAAACAGUAUUCAGGUGAAAGAGGAGUCCUUUGGUUACUCUGAGGAACAUUUAACCUUAUCCUUGUGUGAAACAUUGAGCCCCACUCCUACAUGA